AGUAGCCGUGAGCUGUUGCGAGAUCAGCGGUGGAUCGUGCAUGUAAACAUAUAUAUUAUAUAUAAUAUAUAUGUAAUAUAUAUAUAUAUUUCAUUAGAGAAGCAAGUGGGGAUCUUGGCUCGGUAUGUCUCGGGGCUCCAUCGAAAUCCCUCUGCGGGACACGGACGAGGUUAUUGAGCUUGAUUUUGAUCAGCUACCUGAAGGAGACGAGGUCAUCAGUAUCCUGAAGCAGGAACAUACGCAGCUGCACAUAUGGAUUGCUUUGGCGUUGGAGUACUACAAACAGGGCAAAACAGAGGACUUUGUCAAACUGCUAGAGGCGGCCCGCAUCGAUGGAAACCUAGAUUACAGGGAUCAUGAAAAAGACCAGAUGACCUGUCUGGACACACUGGCAGCUUACUAUGUUCAGCAAGCGCGCAAGGAGAAGAAUAAAGAUGCCAAGAAGGAGCUCAUCACGCAGGCCACACUGCUCUACACCAUGGCUGAUAAGAUUAUUAUGUAUGACCAGAACCAUUUAUUGGGAAGAGCUUGUUUCUGCCUCCUGGAAGGAGAUAAGAUGGACCAGGCAGAUGCCCAGUUCCACUUUGUCCUCAACCAGUCCACGAAUAACAUCCCUGCUUUACUAGGUAAAGCUUGCAUCUCAUUUAACAAAAAGGACUACAGAGGAGCACUGGCGUACUACAAGAAGGCUCUACGCACAAAUCCUGGAUGUCCUGCUGAAGUAAGACUUGGAAUGGGCCACUGUUUUGUCAAGCUCAAUAAACUGGAGAAGGCCCGCUUGGCUUUCGGUCGAGCCCUGGAGCUCAAUUCUAAGUGUGUUGGAGCCCUAGUCGGCCUUGCAGUACUGGAACUGAACAACAAGGAGGCAGAUUCCAUCAAGAACGGAGUUCAGCUCCUGUCACGAGCCUACACUAUUGAUCCCAGUAACCCCAUGGUGCUCAACCACCUUGCCAACCACUUCUUCUUUAAAAAGGACUACAGUAAAGUACAGCAUCUGGCCCUCCAUGCUUUCCAUAACACAGAGGUGGAAGCCAUGCAGGCAGAGAGCUGCUACCAGUUAGCGCGUUCCUUUCAUGUGCAGGAGGAUUAUGACCAAGCCUUUCAGUAUUAUUACCAGGCCACCCAGUUUGCCUCCUCCACAUUUGUACUGCCAUUCUUUGGCCUGGGGCAGAUGUAUGUGUACCGCAGAGACAAGGAAAAUGCAGCACAAUGUUUUGAAAAGGUCCUAAAGGCCUACCCCAACAACUAUGAAACUAUGAAAAUUCUGGGCUCUCUUUAUGCGACAUCUGAUGAUCAGGAAAAGAGAGAUAUUGCCAAAGGCCAUCUGAAGAAGGUAACAGAGCAGUACCCGGAUGACGUGGAGGCGUGGAUUGAGUUGGCUCAGAUCCUGGAGCAGACUGACAUCCAAGGAGCUCUGUCGGCCUACGGCACAGCUACUCGCAUCCUGCAGGAGAAGGUGCAGGCUGACGUUCCCCCUGAGAUCCUCAACAACCUUGGGGCUCUUCACUUCAGGCUGGGCAACCUGGGAGAGGCUAAGAAAUAUUUCCCUGCAUCUCUAGACCGGGCCAAAGCUGAGGGAGAACAUGAUGAGCAUUAUUACAACGCCAUUUCUGUCACCACCUCCUACAAUCUGGCCCGCCUGUAUGAAGCUAUGUGUGAAUUCCAUGAAGCAGAGAAACUGUACAAAAACAUUCUUAGAGAACAUCCAAACUAUGUGGACUGCUAUCUGCGUCUUGGGGCGAUGGCUCGUGAUAAAGGAAAUUUCUAUGAGGCCUCUGACUGGUUUAAAGAAGCCCUGCAGAUCAACCAGGAUCACCCAGAUGCCUGGUCCCUGAUAGGGAACCUUCACUUGGCCAAGCAGGAGUGGGGUCCUGGCCAGAAGAAGUUUGAGCGUAUCCUUAAGCAGCCAUCUACACAGAACGACACCUACUCCAUGCUUGCUCUGGGCAAUGUGUGGCUACAGACCCUGCACCAGCCCACCAGAGACCGCGAGAAAGAAAAGAGACACCAGGAUCGAGCUUUAGCAAUAUACAAACAAGUCCUGCGAAACGAUGCAAAGAAUCUAUACGCUGCCAACGGCAUAGGUGCUGUUCUGGCCCAUAAGGGCUACUUCAGAGAGGCACGUGAUGUGUUUGCCCAGGUGAGAGAGGCCACAGCAGAAAUCAGUGAUGUCUGGCUGAAUCUAGCCCACAUCUACGUGGAGCAGAAACAAUACAUAAGCGCUGUGCAAAUGUACGAGAACUGCCUUAAGAAAUUCUACAAGCAUCAGAAUACCGAGGUGCUGCUGUACCUUGCAAGGGCACUCUUCAAAUGCGGGAAACUCCAAGAGUGUAAACAGAUGUUGCUGAAGGCACGUCAUGUGGCCCCCAGUGACACAGUGCUUAUGUUCAAUGUGGCCCUGGUGCUUCAGCGGUUGGCCACUCUGGUGCUGAAAGAUGAGAAGAGCAACCUGAAGGCGGUUCUCAGCGCUGUGAAAGAGCUGGAGUUGGCUCACAGAUAUUUCAGCUACCUCAGCAAGGCUGGAGAUAAAAUGAGGUUUGACCUUGCACUCGCUGCCUCUGAGGCCAGGCAGUGCUCAGACCUGCUGAGUCAAGCUCAGUACCAUGUGGCCCGGGCCAGGAAGCAGGAUGAGGAGGAGAAAGAGCUGCGGGCCAAACAGGAACAGGAGCGAGACAUGCUGCGCCAGCAGAUGUUGAAGGAACAGGAGGAGAAGCGGAACAAGGAGGCAGAGGAGCAAAAAAAGCUCCUUGAGCAGAGAGCCCUGUAUGUUGAGAAGACCAAGAACCUGCUUACUUUUGCCGAGGGCCACAAAGAACCCUCCAAAGAUAAGAAGAAAGGAGGUGGUGGGCGGCGUAAGAAAGGAGGUGACAUGGAUGAGUUUGUCAAUGAUGACUCUGAUGAGGACCUGCCAGUGAAGAAGAAGAAGAGAAGAAAGGCUGGCACCGAUAGUGAACAGGAGGAGGGUGAGGAAGGGGAGAAGAAACCACGGAAGAAAAGGAGGAAACUGGCCAAAGGAGGUGAUGAUGGCAGCGAUGAUGAUGAGGGAGGAUCACAACCCAAGAAGCAGCGCAAACCCAAAGAGCGCAAGAGGAUUGAGAAGAUCCAGCCUGAACGUCUGCCACCUUCCCUCAAAGGGAAGAUCAAGUCCAAGGCCAUCAUCUCAUCCUCUGAAUCCUCUUCAGAUGAGGAUGGUCUGAAAAUAGCAGAGGACAAGAACCAGCGAGACAGCGGGUCAGGAUCUGAGGAUGAGGGUGGCCACAGGAAGCGCAUUGCAUCCGACAGCGACUCUGACGCAGGCAGGAACCGCUUGGGCAGCGAGGCAGGCAGCCCUCAGCACUCAGCAGGAUCGGAUGAGGAUGACUCUGGGAGUGACCGUCCAGUGAAGAAGAGGAGAGUACAGCAGCAGUCUGACUCUGAGCAGUCUGACAAUGAGAGCAAGAGGAGUCGGUCCGGAUCGGACGACGAAUCCAGGCCCGGCUCGCCAGCUGCAGCAUCAGACAGGGGAUCUGAGGCCGGAUCGGACAAUGAGCGCUCCCCGCAGCACUCCGACAAUGGGUCAGAACCUGAGGGCUCCAACAAUGAGGUGUCCAACCGUGGCUCUGAUGAAGACAGUGAUUAAAGCUUCAGAACACACAGCAAACUUUCCUACUGUGGUGAGGCGAAGGCAUUUUUGGCAUAUGAAUUUCUUUGUUUGUUUGGAACAGGGUUUUUUCCCCCCUAAAAUUCGGCAUAGAAAAGUGUAGUUUUAUAGCUCAGUGUUGUGCCGUAUUCACUAGAUACUGGUUGUCUGACCGACGAUUAAAACAUACCUUUCAUAGAUGCCGUGUUGUCUCCUUGUUGACAAUGAUGAAUCAGUUUUUAGUAGUCUCUAAAAGGUUGUAAACCUGAUUUAUUUUCUAUCUCAGACAAUGAAAACCAAGAAGACAUUGACCCUGAAGUGGGCUUCAUCAAAAUGUGUAAAUAAAAUGGUGUAAGAUGUCUACUGGUAUAACCUCUUUCUUUAUCUCACCAAUAAACGCUGUCAAAUCUAAGUAAGCUGUUUUAGUGUCUUUAUGCAUGCCCAAUAAUCCAGGUAAGGAAACCACAGACGGGUGAAUCAGUUCAUCUGAACGUUUCUAUCAAUAAACGUUGUGUGCAGAUUAGGACAGUCCCAAAUACCAUUUCUGGGGCUCCGAAGAUUCGUGAGUAAUCAACAGCGAGGUGGGGGGGGGGGGGUGCAUGACUCGGGAAGGAGUCAGCCAGACAUU